GGGGAACUCCGUAAAUAUAUAUUUCGAUCGGAGAGUGUUUACUCUAGUUUGCUCCAUUCAAGGCUUGUGUGCUCCGAAAAUAGCUUUUGUCUGAACAGUCACUGCUUUAAAAGCCGGUCUGCGUGGAAGGAAGUGACAUGCUACCUUCCACUCACUACACACUUGGAGAGAUUAGUGCGCAGGCAGCAGUAAUCUGUUUUCAGGACCAUGGCCAGAGACACCGUUUGGCCAUGAAUCCUGUCGAAAGUUGCCCACGUCGCCUGGUCAAUCUUCAGGGACACCAAAGAGUGUGAAGAAGUUCAUUUGGACCUCGGGACUCUGACGCGCGCACUGGCUGAAAAAUGCUCGAGCGGAUUGUUGUAGGAAGCUGAAGUUGAAUCAAUCUCAGGACAAACCAUUGUCGCCGUCCGACGACUCCGGAACUUUAAGGUUUAAGGACGCUGAUGACCAAGUCUAAUAUCUUUUUAUGUGAGUGAGAGGCAGGAAGGAGCGGAGAAAGGCUGUGCGCUCAAGUAAGGGCGCGCAAAGACCGCACAUUGUCCCGGUCCUGGAGCCGUGAGGAUGGAGAUCAGGCCGGACAGGUUUAAGGCCGUGGCAGCCAAGACUCUCGGGAAAAUAUACGGAGCGCUCGAGAAGAAACAAGAAAAUGGCGAGACUAUCGAGUUGUCGGCGGAGGGCCGACCGGAGAUGGUGGAGGAGAAGGAGAUGCCAGUGGUGGACUGUACGUGCUUUGGCCUGCCCAGGCGCUACAUCAUAGCCAUCCUCUCUGGCCUUGGUUUCUGCAUCUCCUUCGGUAUCAGAUGUAACUUGGGCGUGGCCAUUGUCAGCAUGGUAAACAGCCACACCAUCUUCAGAGACAACAAGGAGGUCAUUGUGAAAGCGCAGUUCGACUGGGAUCCAGAAACCGUGGGAAUGAUCCAUGGCUCUUUCUUCUGGGGAUACAUUGUAACCCAAAUCCCUGGGGGGUUCAUUUGCCAAAAGUUUGCAGCAAACAGAGUGUUUGGCUUUGCCAUUGUGGCCACCUCAUGCCUGAAUAUGCUCAUCCCUUCAGCAGCACGCAUGCACUUUGGCUGUGUGAUCAUUGUCAGGAUAUUUCAAGGACUUGUUGAGGGCGUGUCAUAUCCUGCCUGUCAUGGUAUCUGGGCAAAAUGGGCACCCCCUCUUGAAAGAAGUCGUCUGGCAACAACAGCCUUUUGUGGUUCUUAUGCAGGUGCUGUGAUUGCAAUGCCUCUUGCUGGAAUCCUAGUUCAGUAUUCAGGGUGGUCAUCCGUCUUUUAUGUCUAUGGAACUUUUGGUGUCAUGUGGUACUGUUUCUGGAUCCUGGUGUCAUAUGAAAGCCCUGCAAAGCAUCCCACCAUUACUGAAGAGGAGAGGACUUAUAUUGAGGAGAGCAUUGGCAAUUCGUCCCAACAGUCAAUAACGAAGUUCAACACACCAUGGAGGGCCUUCUUCACCUCUAUGCCCGUCUACGCCAUCAUUGUGGCUAAUUUCUGCAGAAGCUGGACUUUCUACCUGCUCCUCAUCAGCCAGCCUGCAUACUUUGAGGAGGUUUUUGGAUUUGAAAUAAGCAAGGUUGGCAUAGUUUCGGCGCUCCCCCAUCUGGUUAUGACAAUCAUUGUGCCCAUCGGUGGCCAACUGGCUGACUAUUUACGCUCCAAUCAUAUCAUGACCACCACCAAUGUCAGGAAACUCAUGAACUGCGGAGGCUUUGGGAUGGAGGCCACCCUGCUGCUGGUAGUUGGUUUCUCUCACACGAAAGGCGUUGCAAUCUCGUUCUUAGUCAUGGCUGUGGGUUUCUCUGGUUUUGCCAUUUCAGGUUUUAAUGUCAACCAUCUGGACAUUGCACCACGAUAUGCCAGCAUCCUCAUGGGUAUCUCCAAUGGUGUGGGAACUCUGUCCGGCAUGGUUUGCCCUCUUAUAGUUGGUGCCAUGACGAAGCAUAAGACACGAGAGGAGUGGCAAGGUGUAUUUCUCAUUGCCUCACUGGUUCAUUAUGGAGGUGUCAUAUUCUAUGGUCUUUUUGCAUCUGGUGAGAAACAACCGUGGGCGGAGCCGGAGGAGCUGAGUGAUGAGAAAUGCGGCAUCCUGGAUGAGGAUGAACUCGCAAAUGAGACAGAGGAGCUGUACCGCACCAGUGGUGGAGGAGGUUAUGGAGCCAUGAACCCGGCAUCAGAUCCCAAUGGCGGAGGGGGAGGAGGCUGGGUCUCAGACUGGGACAAAACUGAGGAGUACGUCCAACCAGCCGGGACAAACAAUUAUCUUUAUGGAGGAGAGGGCGAACAAGAUUGAACAUAAAGCCACACACAACCUCGUAGUGAGGCACAAACAGUCUACCAACAGUGUGGAGUCACAGCCCGAUGGCCCUUUGGAGGUGUGGAUUGAAAACAGAGAGCUGAAAGGCGCAUUUCUCAGAAGUUCUGACAAAAAUAACAUCACUGAACUGAUUUCGGAGGGACUGCACGAGGGGGAUGAAGACAUUAGUAGAUGUAAAAUGUGUGACUGUGUGUGAUUGAAUGUUUUAUCUUGGGUGUUUUAGGAAUCUGUAGCCUUUUUUUGUUGAAGGAGGGCUGUACUUUAGGCCUGAUGUGACUUCCUUUUAUGUUUAAACAAUAGUAGAAGUUUCUAUAUUCACUGACGAGUCUUGGCAUGAAAUUGAGUUGCCUCUCGUUUCUAUUUUAAAUAUCAAAGACUGCUAAUUCACAGUCACAUCUAUGUCACGUGAACUGUUUCAGAACAUGCAAUGCGGAGAAUCUACAAUCCGCAGAAGUUAGGACAGGAAUGUUUCUCCUGAAGGCAGUGUUCAUUAUUCACCUUAAUCUGCACACAUUGAAUAAAAGCAUUGUGCCAAUACAACAAAAUAUUUUCUGUAGUAUUGGUUGACUUACUCACUGAGAAAACAAUGAACACCAAUUACUGUUUGAAGAUGUAUGUGAAGUUGAUGGAAUCCUUUUUUUGUGGGGAAAAAAACGCAACAUGAUGUAGCGGAGCCUCCAGCCUGUCUGUGAGCAAAAAAAUAACUAAAUCUUUUCAAAUCCUGUUUUAGUUUUAAAACCCUUAGCUUGUCUGACUUUGAUCCUUGAAACUGCUCUCUUCCAGAUCAAGCAUCUAAAUUUUGUUCAAUGUGCUUUUCAUUCAAUACAUGCUUCAGUAAGGUUCUAGUGUUGUACAAUUUUUCACAGAAGCAGUUUGUGCCACUGCUGUGAGCUCCAGCACAAGUUAGUUUCUCGUCUCUGUCUCUAGGGAAAAUCUUAAAAGCACUGAGUGGAGGCAGAAGGGGAAAGAUGUUUGCUUUUAAGGUGGGUAUUUGCGACAGUUUGCUUAAUUUGACUGUAGAUGGUCCAGGACAAUCCAAAUAAAAGCCUAAUAAUCGGCAGUAAAGCAGUUGCAUUUCCUUGUUCAUGAGCUGUUAGUUUUUAUUUUUGUUAGAGGAUGUUGAAAUGUAUAUAGCUUCUUGAAUGGGCAACUAAUAUAAGAUAAUUUACCAUUCUUACGUGAUGGGGUGGUACUGUUUCAAGAGUCAAUUUGAAAUGUCAGAAUUUUUAUUGUUCCUGUCAUUUUGCAUUGAUUUAUUAUUAAUUAAUUAAUUAUAAAUUAAUAUGUUGGCUGUAAACUAAAACUGUGAGAAAAAUAAUGUACCUGUGAAAACAUUGUAUAAUAAAAUAUAGAG